GCAAGAAUUGUACUGUUCCCACCCACCAAGCAGCAUCUCCGUACUGCAUUACCAAGCAGGGGCAUAGGUACCGACAGACAAUACCCACCUUGACCAGCUCAUGCAGAUGUCAAUGCCCCCUCACCACCCUUAUUACCGCUACCCAGACCGUUGCCAUCCCAAGGAACCGACGCACCGUGCCUUAUUAGAUCUGACUCUGACCUGUCACCAUCGCUGCCCCCCCGCGCAGGGGUUUGCUCGCUCGAAGCUGCCAACCGGUAUGUAGGUACAAGCCAAGAAGUCUUCUCGCCAAUGUCACUGCCCCCCCCGGUCGUUGGCACGGACGGCCGUUCACUCCACCACCUCCACCUUUGAACCCGUCCACCAGCCUUCAGCUCCGGGCCGGGCUCUCCCCGGCCCUGCAAUCACCCAUAACGAUCACCCGCAUAUUCCAAGAACAGCCCUGGUUGGCACCGGCAGCGUCUCUUCUCUGCUCGACCUCAGGCGGCCCCAGACAGGCCUGCUUUCCGGUUGGCAUUGAAGCCUUGGCAGCUGGCCCUCGCCACACUUCGUGGGCCAACCACGACACCGCCACCACCACCACCAGCCGCGGGCCUGCCUGACCGGCGUCCAGUAAUCAACUCAGGCCCUGUAGAGGGUGUGCCAGGAGGGAGUGGCAUCAAAGACAGCUGUGGACCAGCCCGCAGGCGGCUCUGUCCGCAAACCCAGAUCUCGUGGACCAAGUGCAGGCUCGAGUUCAUCCCCAGAGUCCUGAGUGUUAACCGGGGACGUCACAAAUCCCCAGCACAGCGCCUGCCCACACCCGUGCUGUCAUUGGAUUGGGCGCUUCGCCGUCUCUCCACAGCUUGCGGCAUCGACCGAGCAUUUAUAAGACAUUACUGACGGGCGCUCUGCGCAUCUCAACGUCACCCACCCAACAUCGACAAAUCUCGCACAGUUAGCGGGUGUUUGGUGCCACAAAGCCCAUCUUCCCAUCGCAGGCAAAGCCCAACUGGACGGCAGUCUCCAUUCAUAGCACUAGGGCGGGACAACUCCUUCGACCAUAUUUUUUUCCCUGCGCAGCGCCCCACCCCCUUCUCCUCUCCACCGCAAGGGCGUUCACUCCCCUGACCCUGGCAGCCGGCCCCUUGGGACGCUGACGCUGGAUCACAGCAACCCAGGCAUACCCACACUUUCACCAUCUCUGCUAUGCCAUGGCACUAACAGGGGUACGUCAAUACCCACGCAUUGCCACCCACGGUACCUCUCUCCGUCUUUCGGGCACCCCUCUGGCGUAAUAUUAGACACCUCCCUGGACAUCCGGUGACCAGGCCCCCUGCACCUGCCAUGGGCAUCACCAAGCCGCUUUGUAUAAUACUAUCGCGGGGCACACGUGGCUGCGCGUCGACAAGCUGGACCUGGUGACGACAGAUUUCAGCCUCCUCCUAAGUGUCUGAUCGCAGUCGGCCAACCCACUAGACUUUGCCUACCAUCAUCCACCAGGCUCUCAUAACUAGCAAUCCGUCCACCUCGAACUCUUCGAGGCCUCCUACCGCAGAACCCUUCUUCCACCUUGUCCUCUCCAUUCGGGGGGGCGGAGGCGUGCUUUGCGCUCUCAACGCCGAACGACACGAAGCUAAAGACGAUCCGGCAUCCUGAACCAGAGCUGACCAAAGCACACACGCCGUACUACAUCCCACACGACGACGCCAGACCGCAUACGAACAACCUAUGGGACUACGACACGACAUAUUCCUUUUCCCUGACGGCGGGCGCCACUCGCGGAGCGCCGGCCGCAGCUAGAUCCCUGCGAGCUGCGAGCGCCUGGGUUUUGCCCGUGACAAGGAACAGCAAAGCAGUCGAUAUUGAGAGAUCGGCACGGCAUUUCCGAAGAUGAGCGACUACUACCACCAGUUCCUCUCCACCAUGUCGGGUGUCGGGCAGCUCCCUGUCAGCAGUCCGCACGAUCCCAACCCGCCGCAGAUGCACCAAGCCCCCCCGCUUGGGUUGGGAGGGCUCACAGGGAUGCCAGGCUCAUACCAGAGCUUGGGCUACUUCACCGGCUUUCCAGACCCCAUCAUGUUCAACAGCCAGGCAAAGGCAUCAAGGAGCCGGCGGAAAUCCACACCGGGCCUCGACCAUGUCAAGCACCGCCGGACGAGAUCGGGCUGCUACACAUGCAGAAGCAGGCGGGUAAAGUGCGACGAAACACACCCGAUUUGUGAAAGGUGCAGAAAAGGUAAACGUGAUUGCAUUUAUCCCCCGGAUGCGCAAGGGGUAAAAGCGGGAGCGACAACACCAAAGGAUACGGACGCCGAUCAACCCACCAGCCCGACCUCAUCGCACGACGACGACGACGACGAAGACGAUGGCGACACAGACUCGAGGCUUGAUACGAUACCGGAUGAAGAAGAGCCCGGGCUGGGGGCGCCAGAAACCCAACCCUUCCGGACUCGGGCCAUCCCGAGGAGACCGAGGACGGCCUCUAGCCUGAACCUCCAACGACUAGCCGCCGCGGGUGGCAGACAGAGCUCAGAAUCGCCCUCGCUUGAGGGCACACGAGCCUCCUCCCCGUCGACAUCGACCGGGACGGCGGCCAGCACCACUCCCGCCGCCUAUCAAUUCCAGGAGCUCCCUGGGUUUCAGCGGCCUGAAUGGGCGCACCUCCCACACGACGUGCGCUUCUAUCUCGCCUACUUCACCGAAAACAUCACACAUUAUCACUAUGGGAUGAUCAUCGACUCGGACGAUUUCUUACGGACCACGCUGCCCGCGAUUGCUGUCAAGAACGAGGCGCUCCUCUACGCUCUGGUCGGCUUCUCGGCCUACCACUUCACGCUGAAGAACCCGAGAGGGAGGAUCCAGGACUUUCUCCAAUAUUAUAACAAGAGCGUCACUCUACUACUCGGCUUCCUCAAGAGAAAGGAACGACAUAAUAUCGGGACCCUUCUUACCAUCCUUCAGCUUGCCACAAUAGAGGAGUACCUGGGUGACUGGCUCAACUUGAUGGGGCACCAAAGGGCAGCAUACGAAGUCAUUACGUUCCUAUACACGCCCGAGACCAGUGUGGAAACGGCAACCAGUCGGAUAGCGCUGACGUGGUACGUUCGCUUCGACGUCUUCCUCAGCCUCAUGGGAGGGUGCGCCACUUCGAUGCCGGACCCCUGGUUUAUAUCUCUGAUGGAGCACUUCCAUUCGCAGUCGAUCAAGGAUCCGACAAACAUGGCAUACAAGAUUGACGAUUUCGCGGCUCGCCUACGGUUCAUCACGAGAGAGAUGUCGGUGCUUCUCGGCAAGCAUUCAGCUUCGGAUAUCUCGGACGAGAGCUUUGCCAAGGAGCAUGCAAGACUAGCCCGGAGCCUCGAGGCGCUGAAAGAGGACUGGGAUCCGGUUCUCUCGGACCCGGCUUACAUGGUCAUGGACCUGCGAGCCCCACCAGAGUUGGAUUCGGUCGUGGACCUCUCAAGGGCGGGCGUGCUCCACGAAGGCCCUCUUUUCCCGGGGACGCUACUAUGCUGCGAGUGGCUCGCCGUGGUCAUUGUGCACGAGUGCCAGGCGAUCACGAGGGCGCAUGCUCCAGCGGGCGGGGAUGGCGGGGAUGGCGGCGACGGAGACAUAUCGACCGCCCUGGGCAUGCACGCAAAGGCCAUCUGCAACAUGGUCGAGGCGAUCGAGAUGUGGCCAUCAAGUCCCAAGGGCAGCCUGGUCAUAAUCCAGGCGUGCCUGUCGGUUGCCGCGCCGUUCGUACCGCGAGACGAGAAACACCAGCAGUGGAUUCGUCGCAAGUUUGCGCUGCUCGAAUCUAUGGGAUACAUAUUCCCCCUAACCACGCGGACGCGCAUGGCAGAGCUGUUCAACGACGAGGCAUGCGUCCGAUGGUGGCUCCCCAACGACGAAGGGUUCAGCCCCGUGCUUCAGGCGAUCCGCGCCUUUGCCGACGAGCGCAACGCGACCAGCGUCCCAACCCAGCGCGACAACGUCCCCAACAUCCAGAAAAUCUUCACCAAGCUGCGAAUAGAAGGGGGCGGCGGGCCUUUGGGGGCUGCCAGAGGCCCCGGCCCGCCGACGGGGCCUGACGCCGGACUGGGCAAGGGCAAGGGGCCGGGGCGCUGAGAUUCGAACGCUGCAUUGUCAGCGUGAAUGAUGCGUCUUUGGCAUUAUCAAGGGGCGCUUGGCCACGGCAUCACACUCGGUUUGGCAUGCACCAGUUGAUGGCCCUCCGGCUUGUCUUUCUGGACCUUUGCCGCCAGAUAUCUUGGCUAAACACAGACAAAGGUGAGCGAGAUCAAAGGAGGUCGCGCCGAAGUGGCCUUUGGUUUCGGGCCUCGAAUGUGCGGUUGAGGGACGAUGACGACAUAUAGUCUCACCCGUUUUUUUGUGCGUAUACAUUUCCCCUUUGGCUUUCCUGUUUUUUGUUGUCAAUCUCCUUUAAUAAGCCUGUUUUUGUUUUUUUUUGUCAAUCUCCCUUAAUAAGCCUUUUUUUUUUGGUAUAUUUUCGGCCUUUUUACUUCUUCUUCUUCUUCUUCUUCUUCUU